AUGGGGCGGCUUCCUUUGGUUCCCCUGUCCAAGGCGAGGGAGAGAGAGAGUUACGAGGAGAGAGAAGCAGAGGAGAAUGAGAAGAAGGCAGGAGAAAGAAGGGAAGGGGAAAAAGGCGGCGCGGUGGUGCUUGAGCACCGGGCAAAGUCGCCGGCGUGGCGAAUAGCAGCGCAGGGAGACAGGGUCGAGCGCUCUUGCUCGGGGCCUCGGCAACAACUUGGUGGGAUCGAGGGGAGGAGAAAGUGGAUCUGGCAAGCGGCGGCAGAUUCAAGACCAGAUACCUGGUCCAGAAUCCAGAUAGCCACCUUCUUCUUCCUCUGCAAGCCGGGGCAGAUUCACCCACUCCGUACAGCAGUAUUCCCUCGACCUCGCCCUCGCCCCAGCCGACCGGACUGGGAAAGCGAGAGCGAGAUGCCGACGCUGACGAAGCUGUACAGCAUGAAGGAGGCCGCCCUCCACAACACCCCCGACGACUGCUGGAUCGUCGUCGACGGCAAGAUUUAUGAUGUGACCGCGUAUUUGGAUGACCAUCCUGGGGGUGCUGAUGUGCUGCUUGCCGUGACUGGUAUGGAUGGCACCGAGGAAUUUGAAGAUGCGGGCCACAGCAAGGAUGCCAAGGAGUUGAUGAAAGAUUACUUCAUUGGGGAGUUGGACUUGGACGAAACACCUGACAUGCCUGAGAUGGAGGUUUUCAGGAAAGAGCAGGACAAGGACUUCGCCAGCAAGCUGGCGGCUUACGCUGUGCAGUACUGGGCCAUUCCGGUAGCAGCAGUUGGGAUAUCAGCCGUGCUUGCUAUAUUGUAUGCUCGAAGGAAGUGA